AUGGGUGGACGUAUCGACUGCUACCUCGACAUUGUGUCAUUCUACAGUUAUGUAGGAUAUGCGGACUUGAGGCAGAACAUGAGCAAACUUGCUGCUCAUGGAGUACAAGUGAACUUCAUCCCUGUCUUUUUGGGUGGCAUUAUGCAGACAUCAGGCAACCGUCCUCCAUGGGUUCUCAAAGCCAAGGGGAAAUAUCUUGCUAGAGAUUCAUUCCGCGCUGCUGAGCGUCUUGGAGUUCCCUAUCAAGGCUCGCCACCCGAUAUUGUUGCCAUCGCAAAGACCGUGUCACCUCUCCGCGCCUUACACUUUAUCAAGGAGAACUACCCAGAGUCAACUUAUCUCGCUGCAAUCCGGUACCUCUUCCACAAGAUCUGGCUGCCUCCUCAUGUCAAUCUUGCCGAGGACGAGAAGCUCAUUGCAGCUCUCAAAGAAGCAACCGAUGAGCUUGAUGGAGGGUCUGGCAAGAAGCUGUUCUCCGAUGAAGAUGUUGAGAAGAUUAUGAAUGGGAGAGAGAGCAUGAAGGAGAGGGUCAAAGAUCUUACUGGUGAAGCGGUUCAGAAGGGCGCUUUUGGAGCUCCUUGGUUGAUUGUGACCCGCGAUGAUGGCGAGUCGGAGGCUUUCUUUGGAAGUGACAGAUUCAAUCAUAUUUACCGGUUUCUGGGGGUACCUUUCAAGGAUGUUGAGAUUUUGCCUCCGUCAAAGUUGUGA